CCUUAUGGCUGUAUCCCUAAUGGGGGACAUGUGCCAGUCUCCUACUCCUCUGAAUCGUAACUGUGAGGACGAUACUUCAAGCCUAAGGGUAUACGCGCAACACUGCGUUAAAUGCAGUCGUCAAAAGUUACCUUAAGAUGGCGAUAGUUCAGCUUUUAAACCGGCAGAUAGAAUGCAAUUGAAAAAUGUUUCUAGUUUCCGCUAGUGAAUUUUGUAACGUCAUGGAAAUCAUGUGAAUCGGUUUUACUGACAAUAAAACGGGUUGAUGUGAAUUGGGUGAUGAGAGUGCACCACUCGUGUCUAAAAUAAUUUGAUGUCUUACUCGAGUGAUAUUUAACAACGAGACUAUAAAAUACUUUUCAUAAUUUCUCGAAUACAAGAAAGAGAAAGCUCGUUUUCUUUGUGAACCGAAGAUGGGUGUGCUGGGUGGCAGAAAUUUGGAAGCAAUGGAAGUGGAGGUUAGCAAUACUGAAGUAUCAAACGGUGAUGGUGAUACCGGGGAUAAGAAAGAUGUGGAUUUACUAACAAUUCACGAUCUACGAGAGCAUACUCGGCAAAUUGAAAAAGCUGUUCAGAACAAAGAACCCAGAUUCAUUCUUCGUGUUCUGCGUGCUCUUCCGAAUACUAGACGCAAACUUAAUCCUGUGGUACUUCGUGGAGUCAUCGGAGGUUUCUAUACACGCUCUGCAGCUGAACGAGAAGCCCUUUUAGCAUGGGUGGAAGAACCAAUGGAUACGGAGGGUGCUCAGGCUACUAUUCAACGAUUUCGGAGUUCUGCGUCUCCUCUUCUUCCUGAGAUUGAUGCAUAUAUUCAUUUGUUGGUUUUGGUGCGUCUAAUAGACACAAGAAAAUAUCAAGAGGCUGUACAAUGCUCCGAAGCUUUAGUACAAAAAAUUGUUGCACAGAAUCGUAGAACAAUCGAUCUUAUCGCAGCCAAGUGUUAUUUUUACCAUUCACGGGCUUAUGAGUUAACGGAUCAACUUGAUAAAAUUAGAGGCUUCCUGCACUCUAGACUGCGUACAGCUACCCUACGUAAUGACUAUGAAGGACAAGCUGUACUCAUAAAUUGUCUACUACGUAAUUAUCUUCAUUAUAACCUUUAUGACCAAGCUGAUAAACUUGUGCUGAAAUCUACGUUUCCUGAAUCUGCCAGUAAUAAUGAAUGGGCUCGUUUCUUGUAUUAUUUGGGAAGGAUUAAAGCUGCAAGAUUAGAGUAUUCUGCAGCACAUAAGUACCUUGUUCAAGCCAUGCGCAAAGCACCCCAAACAACGGCCGUCGGUUUUCGUCAGACCGUCCAGAAGCUUGCAGUAACGGUUGAACUAUUGCUAGGAGAUAUUCCCGAGAGGCAAAUCUUUAGGCAAGCUCCUGUUCGAAGAGCGCUUGCACCAUAUUUUCAAUUAACACAGGCAGUGAGAUUGGGAAAUCUUCAACGAUUUGGCGAAGUUCUUGAGAACUUUGGUCCACAAUUCAGAGCAGACCAUACAUUCACUCUUAUUCUACGUUUGAGGCAUAAUGUCAUCAAAACAGCCAUUAGAUCAAUUGGCCUGUCAUACUCUCGCAUUUCACCUGGAGACAUUGCUCGUAAACUUGGACUUGAUUCUGGUGUAGAUGCUGAAUUCAUAGUUGCAAAGGCUAUUCGUGAUGGAGUGAUUGAAGCCACCCUGGAUCCGGAAAACGGCUACAUGCGUAGCAAAGAAACUACAGAUAUUUACUGCACCAGGGAGCCAUUGUUGGCGUUCCAUCAACGCAUUACUUUCUGCUUGGAUCUUCAUAACCAGAGUGUUAAGGCAAUGAGAUAUCCCCCAAAGUCAUAUGGAAAAGACUUAGAAUCGGCCGAAGAACGCAGGGAAAGAGAACAACAGGAUCUAGAGUUAGCUAAGGAAAUGGCUGAGGAGGACGAUGACGGAUUUCCAUAAAAAACUUUUAAAAGUUAUUAAACAAUGGUCUGUUAGUACUAUCGCUCGAUUUGCUUUCUGUAAUAAUUAAGUUAUCAAUAAAAUUACAUUUUGAGAUUUGUAAAGACUCAA